AUUGGACGGCGAUCAGCUGGUUUGGAGGAAUGCUGUGAUAUGACUUCUCAACUUUGUCCCUUGAAACAGUCCUAGGCCUUUCUCCCACACGCUGAAGCCACAGACAGACCUUUUGAUCCGGCUGUGUUUUUGUCCCUGUUGGAUAGUUUCAUUGAAAUUUCAUCAGCUGCUUUAAUGCCGGAAUUAUGACGCUGACUGCAGACAAGGUGCACGCUGGGAUGGACAUCGUUGACCUUCUUCUCAGGAACACGGAUGAAUCCACCAGUUGCCAUAGCAACCAACCGUGGUCUCUCACAAUCGAUGAUGUACGUACGCUGACCCUGAGCCCUGAGAGAAGUGGAGCUGAUGACUUCUUGGACGCCCUGCUGCAGGGGAGCGACUGCUCCUCUGUGCCGGCUUCCCCACUGUGGUCGCCCUGCACCCCUGACAGCGGCAUCAAUGAGGACCCCCCGACAGACCCCACAGACAGUCCUCACCCAACCUCCCGCUCAGCUUUUCCAGCAUUUGACAUUCAGACGUUCCCUCAGCCUCCGUCCCUGGAGAGCCGGCCACCAGCAAAUGAAAAAUCGUCUGAUGUUUCCAUUGAUCUCGGCUGGGAGCCUGGUGGCCUCAAUGAGGGGUUCGGUAUUGCAUACUACUUCACCGAAGACCAAAAGCCCCUGCUACCAUCCAGCCAUGCUCUCACAGUGAAGGACCUGCUGUUAACCAACGUGGGACAAAACAUGCAACGAAUCCCCCAGUAUUCCCUGCAGGAGCUUGUACUUAAUGAGGAUGAGAAGAAGCUUCUGGCUAAAGAAGGCGUAAACCUGCCCAGCAAACUGCCCCUGUCUAAGUUUGAAGAGAGGGUUUUGAAGAAAAUCCGGCGGAAAAUCCGUAACAAGCGCUCAGCUCAGGAAAGUCGGAAGAAGAAGAGGGAAUAUGUUGACAGUCUGGAAGGGAGGAUGUCUGCAUGUACUUCUCACAACCUGGAGCUGCAGAGAAAGAUCCAGCAGCUGGAGGAGACCAACAAUGCUCUGCUGGAGCAGCUAAGCCGGCUACAGACUCUCCUUCCUAAUAGCUCCAGCAAAGCAACACACAAAGGAACCUGCAUCCUGGUUUUGCUCCUCUCCUUCUCCCUGAUCAUUUCCUCAAAUCUACAGCCAGACCCUUACAGCCAGCUCAGCCAAGCAGACUACACAGAGACUAAAGUGUCGUCCCGUUCCCUGCAGUUCGUGGAUGAAGUGCCGCCUUCUCCUCCUCCUCCUCGUCUCCUCUCCCUCUACAGGAGCUUUGAAGCCCUGUGCAACCUGACAGAGAAGCUCUGGCCCCGGACAGAUCUCCCCUCAGCAGACUUCCCCUCCUCUCACUACCAGCAUCACAGGCACAAAGACGAUCACUGAUCUCCCCCUGGAUGAACCACUCAGCGGAGGACUUGCAAGUGCAGCAUCCAAAUGAGCAGUUUCUCACCGCAGAGACUGGGUUAUAGAGGUUUCAUGGUGGCACACUAACACACUAGCGUCUAGUUAAAGGAGGAACUCCAUCUGUGAAGCAGGGUCGCUGAAGAGGUCACACAAACAGAUGUAAUUUUUCAUUUUCCAUUGAGAAAAAAAAAAAGCCUCGAGGACCCGGUGGAUCAUGUAUUGCUUAUAUUGUCGAUGUAUUAUUUAGACACGUGUGAUCUAUAAAACAACACAAAUGUAUAUUCACUGCUGUAUUUUAUUAUUUACUCCAAAUCGAUAUCUUAAAAAGAGACGAGGAUGAUUUGAGGUCCAUUUUGUAACAGAUCAGUGCAAAGCUGAAAGAAAAAAAAAGAGAAUAAAAG